UUGUUGUCGGGGAAAAUGGCGUCAAAUGUAGAGGCCCCCGAGCGCUGGUACCUCGCCCUUCUCGGCUUUGCGGAGCAUUUCCGAACCUCCAGUCCGCCCAAAAUCCGUCUCUGCGUGCAUUGUCUACAGGCAGUGUUUCAGUUUAAGCCCCCACAGAGGAUCGAGGCCCGAACACAUCUUCAGCUGGGCUCGGUUCUCUACCACCACACUAAGAACAGCGAGCUGGCCCGCAGCCACCUGGAGAAAGCGUGGUUUAUAUCUCAACAAGUCCCCCAGUUUGAAGAUGUCAAAUUUGAAGCUGCCAGCAUUUUGUCCGAACUCUUCUGCCAACAGAAUUUGGUGGACUCUGCAAAGCCCCUACUGCGCAAAGCUAUCCAGAUUUCACAACAAACACCAUACUGGCACUGCAGAUUGUUGUUCCAGUUGGCGCAACUUCAUACUCUGGAAAAAGAUUUGGUGUCAGCAUGUGACCUGCUGGGGGUUGGAGCUGAGUAUGCCCGAGUGGUUGGGUCAGAAUAUACCAGGGCAUUGUUUCUCCUCAGUAAAGGAAUGUUGCUGCUAAUGGAGAGGAAGCUCGGGGAGGUGCAUCCCCUGCUCACACUGUGCGGAACUAUUGUGGAAAACUGGCAGGGAAACCCCAUCCAGAAGGAGUCCUUGAGGGUCUUCUUCCUGGUCCUACAGGUCACACACUACCUGGAUGCUGGACAGGUGAAGAGUGUGAAGCCGUGUCUUAAGCAGCUUCAGCAGUGCAUCCAGACCAUUUCUACGCUUCACGAUGACGAGAUUCUGCCCAGCAACCCAGCUGACCUCUUCCACUGGCUGCCCAAGGAGCACAUGUGUGUCCUUGUGUAUUUGGUUACAGUCAUGCACUCCAUGCAAGCAGGCUAUUUGGAGAAAGCCCAGAAGUACACAGACAAGGCUCUUAUGCAACUAGAGAAACUAAAAAUGUUGGACUGCAGCCCCAUCCUCUCCACCUUUCAAGUCAUUCUGCUUGAGCACAUCAUCAUGUGUAGGCUUGUCACGGGCCACAAGGCCACUGCAUUACAAGAGAUCUCACAGGUGUGUCAGCUGUGCCAACAAUCCCCCCGGCUGUUCACCAACCACGCUGCUCAGCUUCACACGCUAUUAGGUCUGUACUGCAUCUCGGUGAACUGUAUGGAUAACGCAGAGGCACAGUUUACCACAGCCUUGCGGCUGCUCUCUCCUCUUGUCUCAAACAUGUCGGUAUCGUUUCAGCUCACCACACACCAAGAACUGUGGACAUACAUUGUGACCAACUUGGCCAGUGUCUAUAUAAGAGAAGGAAACCGACACCAGGAGCUGUACAGCCUCCUAGAGAGAAUAAACCCAGAUCAUAACUUCCCAGUAAGCUCCCAUUGCCUCCGUGCUGCAGCCUUUUACAUCAGGGGACUCCUGUCCUUCUUUCAAGGACGCUACAACGAGGCCAAACGUUUCCUAAGAGAAACCUUGAAGAUGUCUAAUGCUGAGGAUCUGAACAGACUGACUGCCUGCUCCCUGGUUCUGCUAGGCCACAUCUUCUAUGUACUGGGCAACCACAGAGAAAGCAACAACAUGGUUGUACCUGCCAUGCAGCUGGCCAGCAAGAUCCCUGACAUGUCUGUUCAGCUCUGGUCCUCAGCACUGUUGAAAGACUUGAACAAGGCCCUUGGGAACACCAUGGAUGCCCAUGAAGCAGCCCAGAUGCACCAGAACUUCUCCCAGCAGCUGCUGCAGGACCACAUCGCUGCCUGCAGCCUCCCUGAGCAUAACCUCAUCAGUUGGACUGAUGGCCCCCCUCCUGUCCAGAUUCAAGCCCAGAACGGCCCAACAACCAGCCUUGCAAGCCUGCUAUGAGAAACCACCUGUCUGGCAUAUGACGGUAGCUGGUACUAUAUGACAAGCAACAGACUGAUGCCUAACAACCUGCUGUCAGACUACUGUAGCUGAAAUUUGAGAGAUUUUUAACAGGUCACACUAGAGUUCAGGCCUUCACUUUAUUAGCUUCUCAAGGUUGCUUCCUGAUUGUCUGCUAUCACACUUUUAAUUGUUUUAAAACAAUUACAACUACUGUUGUACAUGUAUUUCUCAUAAGCGCAUAAGGGCAGGGUUGGACUGUUGAUUAGAGUAGUGAAGGACACAUAGCGACGUAUAAAAGGGCUUCUUUACCUCAGAUAUAGAGAAGCCUUCUGUACGUUUGCCAGGUUUCUUUUCCAUUUGUUGGAAAAACCAGGGGGUAGAUAGGAAGGCAGUAAAGAAAUGUAGGGGAAAUUAAUUUAUUCAUGUUGAUAUUUUUGUACCUGUUGGUAAAUAUUUUACAUUUUGCCUUUUUUGUAUGGAUCCUGUUUGUUUUUUUUGUUUUUUUUCAUGCAUGGAAGUUACUGAUGUAAACUUCCUGUAUAAUAGUUUCUGACUUGCAUUGCUAACAAAACAUUCUUGGUAGAUCAUUUUUUUGCACAAAAUCCAUAAUAGAAGAAAAUAAACAUCUUGUAAUAUAUUUUCACAAAGUAAUCAGUUGAGAAGUUUCAUAAUUUGGCAUUAAAUCGGGGCAGUGCAAAAUCCACUGUAUGCAGUUCCUCUUUGGACCAGAAUAUGCCUCUGUUAAUGAGCAACAUUUAAAAACUUCUGCAUUUUAUAUCAACAACACAUAAUAUAAAAAUUCCCUGUUGAUAUUAAUUUUUUCAGAUCAUGUUUAGACUUUUGGAGCUUACGUUCAGAUAUUCAAAAAAGUGAUUUUUUUUUUUUUUUUUUUUUUUUGUUAUUUGUCUUGAUAGUUCUACUAAAUGGUUUCUUUACAGUAUGUUUGUAUAGAUCUGCAACUUGUUGAACCUUUUAUUGUACAGUGACAUUUUAUAAAGUCAAUUUAGUAAAGUGUGAUAUGUAUUUUUAGCUAUCCUCUGUAGAAAUCUCAAUGCUUGGUAUUUAAGGCACUCUGUAAGGACACAGUUUAAGCUUGAGUACUAGCCAUAUUCUAUCCAAUGCCUAUGUUUUUAAUGCUUACAUUGUUUUCAAUAAUUUUCCAAUAAAAAUAUGAUUGAAAUUUAA